UUCACAUGGAGAGACGGAGUCCCUGUGGUUCCUGGCUUCUCGGCAGUCUCCUCACUCUAGCUCUCUUCCAGCUGCCUGCUCAGGCAUCAGGGAAUGCUGGGAACUUCUACCUGGCCCCACUUGGGGGCACAGCCGAGCUGCCCUGCCCUCUCUUGUUCUGGCCCAGUAUGGUGGUCAGCGAGGUGAGGUGGCAUCGGCUGUCACGCCCGCCUCACACCCAGGCUGUCCACGUGCUCCGGGACGGGCAGGACAGUGAUGAAGACCUGAUGCCGGAAUAUAAGGGCAGGACGGCGCUGGUGAGAGAUGCCCACCAGGGAAGCUACACUUUGCGUAUCAGUAAAGUGAGGUUCGAGGACCGAGGGCCGUACCAAUGCCUAGUCCGGGUCGGAAACUGGAGCCGAGAGGGCAACGUGACCCUGCAAGUGGCAGUUUUAGGUUCUGAUCCCUACAUCCAUGUGAAGGGCUAUGAUGCUGGGUGGAUCCAGCUGGUGUGCCAAUCAAUGGGAUGGUUCCCAAAGCCAUGGACGGAGUGGAGAGACACGGACGGUAGAAUGCUACCGUCCCUUUCGGAGACCCACUCCCUGGAUGAAAGUGGGUUAUUCCGAACAGUGGUGUCCAGCAGAGUCAGGGACAGCACUCUGGGAAAUGUGUCCUGCACUGUCCGAAAUGAGGUUCUUGGCCAAGAGAAGACCACAGCCAUGGCUAUUGGAGACCCAGACCCAGGAAGUCUGUCCUCUCCAGAAGUGGCUCUCUCUGUGGUCUUGCCUAUCUUGGGGCUCCUCAUCCUUCUCGGCAUUUGGCUCAUCUGUAAACAAAAAAAAUCAAAAGAGAAACUGCUCUAUGAACAGGCAAUGGAGGUAGAAAAUCUUCUGGAAGACCACGCCAAAGAAAAAGGAAGACUCCACAAAGCCCUCAAGAAACUCCGGAGCGAACUGAAGUUGAAAAGAGCUGCCGCCAACGCAGGCUGGAGAAGAGCCCGGCUGCAUUUUGUGGCGGUGACCCUGGACCCCAACACCGCACACCCCAAACUCAUCCUGUCCGAGGAUCGGAGAUGUGUGAGGCUUGGUGACAGGAAGCGGCCUGUUCCUGACAACCCAGAGAGGUUUGAUUUUGUUGUCAGCGUCCUGGGCUCCGAGCACUUCACAACUGGCUGUCACUACUGGGAAGUGUACGUGGGUGAGAAGACCAAAUGGAUCCUUGGAGUGUGUAGUGAGUCUGUGAGCAGGAAAGGGAAGGUCACGGCCUCGCCUGCCAACGGCCACUGGCUUGUCCGGCAGAGCCAUGGGAACCACUAUGAAGCCCUCACGUCGCCGCAGACCUCCUUCCGCCUCAAAGAGUCCCCAAAGUGCGUGGGGAUUUUCCUGGACUAUGACGCAGGCAUCAUCUCCUUCUACAACGUGACUAAUAAGUCCCACAUGUUCACUUUCGCCCACAGUUUCUCUAGCCCACUUCGCCCUUUCUUUGAACCUUGUCUUCAUGAUGAGGGAAAGAACACGGCGCCUCUAAUCAUUUGCACUGAACUUCAGAAAUCAGAGGAAUUGAUUGUCCCCAAAGGAGAAGGGAAAGGCCAUGCUAACGGAGACGUGUCCCUGAAGGUCAAUCCGUCCUUACUAUCUCCCCAGGGUUCUGAGCUUUUCCCAAUCAAUGAUACCUGGCCCUCUAACCUUAGCCCUGCCCUUCAGGGCCUCACGGUUCCUUCUUUGUAGGGCUGUGUCCUGGGCUCCACUCCCACGAGCGGACAGCCUGGCAUCCUGGGCCAGUUUCUCC